AUGAACUCGACAUUUAAUUCGUCAUUGCCACUAUCACCACCUACUUGUUCAUUGCAAGCACGUGUAUAUUCGUCGGAAUAUCUAUUCAUUAAAUUGUUAAAUGCAACUUAUUUACGUUUACUCAUCGGUCCAGGUAUUUUGUUAAAUACACUUUGUCUGCUUGUUCUCUCUCGUCCGCGUAUAUCAAAUAAAUCUACGACUAUUGUUUUCUUACGUUUUCUCGCCGUGUUCGAUAUCCUGGCGAUUACAUUGAAAUAUGCUCGCGCAGAAAUCAACUAUCAGUCGACCGAAAAAGGCCAUGAAAUCUUCCUCUUGACUCCAUCGAUUUGCAAAACAUUGUACGUUCUUAUGAACUCCAGUAUCUCGAUCGCAAUGUGGACAAUUGCAUUAAUGAGUUUAGAUAAGGCAGUUGCUGUCACUUAUCCAUUCAAAUCUGGGAUAUGGGUCACCACUCGACGAGCUGUAUAUAUCUGUUGUUUGACAAUCAUCGUACUUUUAUUGGCUAAUCUUGCGUUUAUUAAACUAUCUGGAAUUCGAAUGUCGAAAAAUCACCGUAAAUAUUGUGGAUUAAUCGACGACUUAUUUAUUGUUGAUCUUGUCACAGCUUCGAUUCUCCCGAUCGCCACGAAUGCUUCGAAUAAUGAUCAGAUAUUUCCGAAAGCUGAUCAACGAAACUUGACAAUUAUUUCUAUUUCAGGGAUAAUCACAUUGACAAACAUUGUUAUUGCCGUUGUUCUACAUCGUGAUUCGAACGUUUCCGUCGAUUCCAAACUAUCUGAUGAAAGUCCGAGACGUGAAACCGAACCGCAACUCAACGGUUCUCGAAUAUCAGUACCCUCGUUUCGUUUUCGUAGUUCAGCUAGUUCAUCUAUUACAACAACAGAUAUAGCCGUCGCUGCUAAACGACGUGCAAGUGCUCAAGUCACGCGCAUGCUCCUAGCAGUGACAUUAUCGUUAAUCAUUUGCAAUAUUCCAAACACACUCUUCUUCUUAUUCGUUAAAGAUACAAGACAAAUACUUAAUGGACGCUUAUGUUCGAAUAUAACCGAUCAUGAAAUCACAUUAUACAAAUUUGGCUUUUAUUCAAGUGUUCUACAAGAUAUUCUGUCGGAUUUACCUCAUAUUUUCAAUUUCUUUCUCUAUUGUUUAGCUGGAAAGAAGUUUCGAAGUAUAUUUAUCAGUAAAGUGCGACAUGUCCUUUAUGAGCUUGGUUUGAUAAAAUCUAAAGAACGUCGUUUGACACAUAGUACAUGUCCAUCAAAAUCUGACUAUACAUCGGAUAGAAUGCCUCGACAAAAAUCCAAUCGUUUAUCUUCAAUAAAAUCACGGAAAAGCAUCGAACUUCUACUGAAUGGUAACACCUGUAAAACUGUGCUUAAUCGUGACAGUAGACACUUGUCCUUAUUAAGUAAUUCCGACUUCGAUACGGAUGGACAACGUGGGCGCGCCUUCACUAGUCUACAAUAA